UCGUCCUCACCCACCAGCGUGGAAGCGAAACCCCAAUUCGUGGAAGAAUCCUUUCUUCUGAUCCAUCCUGGACGAAUUGAAUCGCUAAUUCUGAAGAGGCGCCUCUGAGAGUUCGAAGAACCCUAAAGCCUCUACACCAAUUCUAGGGUUUCCUGUAAGCUUCCCCUUUAACCCUUUUCCCCAUCUAUUCUGUUUUCCGCUUCAUUUGAGAUUUGGGUGUUUGAUUAUGUUGACUUGGUUAUGGAUGGGCCGAUGAUUCCUGUUGUCUAUUUCGUUCUAGCAGUCUUGGUUUCAUGAUUAGGUUUACGAUUGUUAGAGUUAUUGAAAUAAUUGAGAUUAAUUAUGAAAAUUCAGGAAAUCAGAUGAUGGUGAAUUGUUGAUUGUUAGUAAAAUUUCCAUGGAAAUUGGUGUAAUUGCCCCUUGAAUUACAUCAGGUUUAUAAUUUGAUUCAAGUUAAUCUGGUGUUGCAAACACAAGUAGAGUGGCUGUGCAUAACUGCAACGAUAUAGCACCUUCAUAUGGAUAGAGUGUAACUCAGUCGCAGAUGCAUUAGGAUUUUGUGGUAUUCCGCAGGAUCAGGAAUCAAGAAGGCCUUUCUUGGCUGAGAUUAAUAUGUAAUUAGUUAUUGGUUAGGCACCUUGUGUGUUGUGAGGACUGAGGAACACUUGCCUCUUAGAAAACUCUAGUGUGAGCGUAUUCAACACAUCAUCCUGAUAUUUAAAUCAAAACGUAUAUUACCUGAACUUAUGGGGUUUUACUAUAUUGGUUUGCAUGUUCAUCUCAUCUUUUAUUCUUCAUGAUUUGUUCAUUCAGUGUCUGCAGUUUAAUGUUCUGUAUUCCAAUUGUUUAGAUAUGGGUAUGUAGGUGAGCUUAGGCGUUCUCAAAAGUGGGAUGUAGGUCUGAUUGAGAUUGGAUUGUGAGAGUUCAGUUGGUACAGAUGGGGAUGAAUCAUGUGUUGCGUAUUGGAUUGAGGAUUGAGAACGGGUAUACCGUUUAUUAAGGAACGGGACCCUGAGUUAAUUGUUGCAGCCCCGCCUUUUGGCUUUCUGGUACCGCCAGGCUUUCCAUUUGAUCAAUGAUAAAUAUAUACACAUGCAUGACCCUUGUUUCUUCAGAUAAGGGUACUGUUAAUUGAGGUUACAUUGGUUUCGUUUCGCUUCUUGACCUUGUAUUACAAUCCUUAAAUACACAAUUAGGUUAUGAGGCAAGAGUCUCAUUUCUUUUAAUUUGGUUUCAUAUAAGCUUUACAUUUCAAAUCACAUUUUUUUUUUGGUUCAUUUUGAAUGAGGUUUGAUUAUUAAUAAAAUGAGGUCUCUUUUGUACUUGUUUUCUACUUUGAAAUUUAGGUAUAAUAACUUGUAUGGGCUUGUAAAAGGAAUCUAUGUUUUUGUUAUGAUUCCUCAUACAAAGUAGUGUUGAUUUUGCUAUUGCUUGUGUUUGCGUCCAUUAAUUACUUUGGGAUUAUUGGUGACUUUUUUCUUUUGUUUUGUGAAUGACACAGGACAAAGCAAUGGAAGAUAGCAAGCAUAAAUCUAGGAAGGAAGGGGAAGCUAAGAGGAGUCACCGAGGUCAGGAUCGAGAGAAGGAAAAGAAAGGAGAUAGACACAGAGACAAAGAUAGAGUAGAUAAGAGAGACCGUGAUAGCCGACGAUAUGAGCGAGAAAAGAGUUCUGAUUCUGAGGAGAGGUAUAUGAGAAAGAAGCAUCGAGAUAAGGACAUUGAUAGACGGAGUAGAGAUGAUGAACGAGAGAGAAGCAAAGACAAGAAAAGGGAUAAAGAUAAAGAGAGGGAUAAGGAGAGGGAGAGGGAGAAAGUCAAAGAAAAGGAGAAGAGGGAGCGGAAGGAAAGGGAAAGAGAAAGAGAAAAGGAGAGGGAGAGAAAGGAACGCGUAAGGGAGGCAGAGGAGAGGGAUAGGGAGAAGAGGGAGAGGGAAAAGGAAAAAGAUCGAGAUAGGAGGAUAAGGGAGAGGGAAAGGCAUAGGGAUGCUGAUACUGACGAUUCGGAGGAUGAUGUUAGGGAGCGUGGUAGGAAGCGGCACAAGAAGAGUGACAAUGAGUACAAGGAAAGAGAUCGGGAAAGGAGUAUUAGUAGGUCAAACAGACAUCGGGAUGAUGGAAUUGAGAGUCCAAGAAAGAGGAGUGAUGGAGAUGAUUCAGAUAAAACGGAGAAGCCAACCCGUGAGGAGGAGUUAGAGGACGAACAACGGAAAUUAGAUGAGGAAAUGGAAAAGCGGAGGCGGAGAGUACAGGAAUGGCAAGAGUUAAAGAGAAAGAAGGAAGAGGAUGAGAGAGAGAAGCUUGGGGAAGAAAAUGUUGAUGAAACCAAGUCUGGGAAGGCAUGGACUCUUGAUGGAGAAUCUGAUGACGAAGAAGCAGGGAAAUCAGAGACAGCCAUGGACGUUGAUAUGGAGGUCAAUGGGGAUGUUCUUACUGAUGGUGAAAUUAUAGACGCCGUCGUGCCAGAUACUGAUAAUACAACAGCUGCUGCAGAGAAUGAGGAAGUUGAUCCGUUAGAUGCUUUUAUGCUUUCUGUGGUUAUGCCUGAAGUUGAGAAGCUGAACACUACUGUGGAACCCUCAAGUGUUGAUGACAAGAACAAGGAGAAAAAGGUUGAUUCAAGUAAUGGUGAAAAGCUGAGGGCAAGUUCAAGUAAAGGUAUUGGCAGAAUAAUUCCUGGGGAUUCUGACUCAGAUUAUGGGGACCUUGAGAAUGAUGACGAUCCUUUAGAAAAUGAAGAUGAUGAUGAGUUCAUAAAAAGGGUGAAGAAAACAAAAGCUGAGAAACUUUCCUUAGUUGACCACUCAAAGAUAGAUUAUAUACCAUUCCGUAAAAAUUUUUAUAUUGAGGUUAAGGAGAUCUCAAGGAUGACACCGGAGGAGGUCGGUGCGUACCGGAAACAAUUGGAAUUGAAGAUACAUGGUAAGGAUGUACCAAAGCCCAUUAAGAGCUGGCACCAGACUGGACUUACAAGUAAAAUUUUGGAAACAAUAAAGAAGCUCAACUAUGAAAAGCCGAUGCCGAUUCAAGCUCAGGCCCUGCCUAUAGUUAUGAGCGGUCGAGACUGCAUUGGCAUUGGAAAAACUGGAUCAGGUAAAACCCUUGCAUUUGUACUGCCAAUGCUGAGGCAUAUCAAGGACCAGCCACCUGUGGUAGCUGGGGAUGGACCUAUUGGGCUUAUUAUGGCACCAACCAGGGAACUUGUUCAGCAGAUUCACAGUGAUAUUAAGAAGUUUGCCAAGGUUCUGGGUCUCAGGUGUGUGCCUGUGUACGGAGGUUCAGGUGUUGCACAACAAAUCAGUGAACUGAAGCGGGGUGCUGAAAUUGUUGUCUGUACUCCUGGUAGGAUGAUUGACAUACUUUGCACAAGUGGAGGAAAAAUAACAAAUCUGCGUAGAGUAACUUAUUUGGUCAUGGAUGAAGCUGAUCGAAUGUUUGACAUGGGUUUUGAACCUCAAAUCACUCGAAUUGUUCAAAAUGUCCGUCCAGAUCGCCAAACUGUGUUAUUUUCUGCCACUUUUCCACGCCAGGUUGAAGUUUUGGCUCGUAAAGUUUUAGACAAACCUGUGGAAAUACAAGUUGGCGGAAGGAGUGUUGUGAAUAAGGACAUCAUGCAAUUGGUUGAAGUGAGACAGGAGAAUGAAAGGUUUUUGAGAUUAUUAGAGUUACUUGGAGAAUGGUAUGAAAAAGGAAAAAUUUUGAUAUUCGUACAAUCACAGGACAAAUGUGAUGCUUUAUUUAGAGAUCUACUUAAGCAUGGAUAUCCUUGUCUCUCACUUCAUGGGGCUAAAGAUCAAACAGAUCGUGAGUCCACCAUAGCUGAUUUUAAGAGCAAUGUUUGUAAUUUGUUGAUUGCAACCAGUAUUGCUGCCAGAGGGCUAGAUGUCAAGGAGCUUGAACUGGUGAUAAAUUUUGAUGCCCCAAAUCACUAUGAAGAUUAUGUUCACCGUGUUGGACGUACUGGCCGAGCUGGACGAAAAGGCUGUGCUAUUACUUUUAUCUCUGAGGAAGAUGCUAGAUAUGCUCCAGAUCUUGUGAAAGCAUUGGAACUUUCUGAGCAAGUUGUUCCAGAUGACUUGAAAUCUCUUGCGGAUAGUUUCAUGGCAAAAGUAAAGCAGGGACUUGCGCAAGCCCAUGGGACUGGUUAUGGGGGAAGUGGUUUUAAAUUUAAUGUAGAAGAAGAUGAAGUGAGGAGAGCGGCAAAGAAAGCACAGGCGAAAGAAUAUGGUUUUGAGGAAGACAAGUCGGAUUCAGAAGAUGAAGAUGAAGGUAUCCGAAAGGCAGGGGGUGAUAUAUCACAGCAGGCUGCUCUUGCUCAGAUAGCUGCUAUUGCUGCUGCCUCCAAAGCUACUACCGCAAUGCAGACACCUACACCUGCUGCCCAACAUCUUCCCGAUGGACUUCCUGUUCCUCUUCCAGGUCUCCUUGGUGUAAGUGUUGCAUUACCAGGAACUGCAGCAGUUGUGCCUGGGACUGGUCUGCCUCUUGUUGGCAGUGACGGGGCAGCUCGGGCUGCAGCACUUGCAGCUGCCAUGAACUUAAAGCAUAGCCUGGCAAAAAUCCAUGCUGAUGCAAUGCCUGAACACUACGAGGCAGAGUUGGAGAUAAAUGAUUUUCCCCAGAAUGCUAGAUGGAAAGUCACCCACAAGGAAACAUUGGGCCCUAUAUCAGAGUGGACUGGAGCUGCCAUUACUACCAGGGGUCAGUAUUUCCCACCAGGGAAGGUUCCAGGACCAGGAGAUCGCAAGCUUUACUUGUUUAUUGAGGGCCCCACCGAACAGUCUGUCAAGAGAGCUAAAGCAGAAUUAAAAAGUGUUUUGGAAGAGAUCUCAAAUCAGGCAUUAUCACUUCCUGGAGGAAAUCAGCAAGGCAGAUAUCAAGUUAUAUAAGCAUGAGAACUUGGUCCUAGCUCAAGGCUGUGCGGAUUCCUUCCUGGAGGCAACUGCUACUAUAUAUACAUGCUUCCUUGCUACAAUUAGGGAGCAGUAGCCCAUGCACCUUCUGCUUUGUUGGCGUGCUGCGUCACUGUUUCAAAUCCAUAGUUUCAAAUCUAUAGUUGAUGGAUGCUUUUUACCGUCCUUAUUUCAAUUGAGCAGAUGAGCAAUGGAGAUGUAAACAUGGAAUGAAUCAGUAGCAGUGAUGCUUAUGAAGGUUGAAGAACAGCUUGCAAGUUUACGUGGACCAUGUUACAUUCUCUACCUGCAUGUUGCACCAGGUAGGUAUAGAGCAGAUUGCUGCCCUGACAUCCUGCAGGCUGUAGGAGAGGCCCUCCAAGCCAAUAUGCGUGCCUUGUAGCACAUCAAAGAUGUUUGAGAUGGCUUCCACACAGUGUUUUGAUUGCCAGAUUCCUAACCGGCCCUCAUUGUUUUGAGCAGCUUUAAACCUUAUUUGAUGGCGCAUAAUUCCACCUGUAUAGCUGAAGCCACUACAGAGAGGCGAGAAACUGCCAUUGACAUUUAGUUCCGACCUCCCUUGUACUGCCUGCUACCAGCUUUGCUUGGAUGAUGAUCCAGCUUUGCUUUGGCACAGACCUUGCCUUGUUGAACUCGUAUAACCAAGCUAGAGCUCCCAGCAUUAAAUCAUGAGGAGGCUGGCUCCAUCAUCAUCAAUUAACAAACACAUUUUUUUCUGCAAAUGAAGGGCAUGAUAGCUGCAGUAGCCAUUGUUAGAGCAUGCCCUUGGUGCAAAGCUUCCUUCGAGUUGGCAACAGAUUAGAAGUUUAGAACAUGCCCUCCAUAUGCAGAUUAGCUUCCCAAAUCCUCUUCCACAAUAUUUUUUGAAGUGGAAGUAAGCACAUUCUCUAUGAUCCUUGUAGUACGAGCAAUCCAAUAUUACUGUAUGUUGAUCGAACUAUAACAAUAUAGGCCUGAAGUUAUAAUAACUCAAAAGGUUACAUUC